UGGUACAAAUAGCUCCAUAGCCAGUAUGGUGUCCAUCUCAGUGUGGUUCACAUCUGAGCUUGAGUAUGGAAUUGUACUCAUGCUGUCUGAAUUACUUUAUGUAGACUGGCAGGUUGUGGCAGACAAUCAUUGUGACAUAUUGUUUCUUCAGUUCCUACUUUAUCCAGUUGUGUUACUCUUGCCACCCUUUACUUGGGGCUUUAGCUUCACCUUUCAUAAAGUGAGAAUCUAUGGAGAUCACAUUAUGCUGAAAAUUCAUGUUACAGUCUUUUAUUUUUACUCAUCAAAUGUGACAUUACAUUUUUUUGUCAGGUAACAAUGACAAGUAACACAGUAAAAGUUGAUGAAAAUAGAAGUAAGCGUAGAAAGGAGAUGGAGAAUGAAGCUUCAGAAAGUCCUCAGUUGUCCUCCCUGGAAAGACCAGACUUGGCUCUUUCUGAAAGUUCACAGUCACUUUACAAACCUGAAGCACUGGAAAAGGUUUUAAAUGUUCUAAAGGAUGUUCUGCCGAGCCCACAACAGGAGCCGGUCACCUUCAGCAACCGGAAGGGUUUGCAAUGCAUCUCCCCACUGAUGAGAAGUGUGGAACAGACUCCUCAGCCCAUCCUGACAAAGGUCAAAGGGCACAUUCCCAAGUGGCUUAAUGGUAGCCUGCUAAGGAACGGGCCUGGGAAGUUUGAGUUUGGAAAGGAGAAAUUUAACCAUUGGUUUGAUGGCAUGGCCCUGCUGCAUCAGUUCCAACUGGAAAACGGCAUCGUGACUUACAGGAGCAAGUUCCUGCAGAGUGAUUCCUAUGUGACUAACAGCCGGCACAAUCGGAUCAUGGUCUCGGAGUUUGGAACCCUGGCUAUGCCGGACCCAUGCAAGAGCAUCUUUGGGCGCUUCAUAUCGUGGUUUGAGAUGCCACGGCCAACGGAUAACUCCAGUGUGAACUACGUGGUGUACAAGGGAGACUAUUAUGUCAGCACGGAGACCAACUUCAUGCACAAAGUGGAUCCAGAAACCCUGGAAACCAAGGAGAAGGUGGACUGGAGCAAAUUCGUUGUGGUGAACGGAGCAACAGCCCAUCCACAUUAUGAGCCUGAUGGGACAGCAUACAACAUGGGCAACUCUUAUGGGAAACAUGGGUCCAGCUAUAACAUUAUUCGGAUUCCUCCGCAGAAGUCAAACUGCGAUGACACGUUGCAGGGAGCAAAAGUUUUGUGCUCCAUCGCUCCAGCUGAGAAGAUGAAACCCUCCUACUAUCACAGCUUUGGAAUGAGUGAGAACUACAUGGUUUUCACUGAGCAGCCCAUCAAGAUUAAUCUGUGUCGGGUCAUCACAUCCAAGUUCCUUGGGAAGCCCAUUGCUGAUGGGAUAAACUGGGAGCCGCAGUACAAAACCCGCUUCCACGUGGUGAAUAAGCACACGGGAGAGCUGCUUCCGGGGCAGUUUUACAGCAAGCCAUUUGCUACUUUCCAUCAUAUCAACGCCUUUGAAGAUCAGGGCUGUGUGAUCCUUGACCUGUGCUGCCAGGAUGAUGGAAGGAACCUACAAACUUACCAGCUCCAAAACCUGUGCAAAGCUGGGGAGGGUCUGGAUGAGGUCUAUAACUCGACAGCCAGAGCUUUCCCCCGCCGCUUUGUUCUACCACUGAAUGUGGAUUCAAGCGUGCCCGUGGGGCAGAACCUCAGCCCAUUGUCCUAUACGUCAGCGAGUGCUGUGAAAGAGGUAGAUGGGACGGUCUGGUGCAUGCAUGAAAAUCUCCAUUCUGAGGACCUGGAGGAGGUAGGGGGCCUGGAGUUCCCCCAGAUUAACUACUCACGGUGCAACGGCAAGAAGUACCGCUUCUUCUACGGCUGCGGCUUUCGGCACCUGGUGGGGGAUUCGCUGAUCAAGAUGGAUACAGAAACCAAGAAAAUGAAGAUUUGGCAAGAGGAUGGAUUCUAUCCUUCAGAGCCUGUGUUUGUGCCAGUGCCUAAAGCCACUGCAGAAGACAGUGGAGUCAUUCUGUCCGUAGUGGUCACACCCUUGCAGAACCAAAACACUUUCCUGCUUGUCCUGGAUGCAGAGACCUUCAGCGAACUGGGCCGCGCAGAAGUCCCAGUGAAAAUGCCUUAUGGAUUCCAUGGCAUCUUUGUCCCACGUUAAUGGAGAAGCCUGCUACCUCGUACAAGAAGCUCCUGGCCUCUUGGAGCUCAGGGCUAGGUGAAGCCAAAUGUGAAUCUCUGCUUUUCCUUUCCUUUCACUCUUGCAUUGUGCCUUUGGUGAAGGAACUGCCUCUGUAGCCCCCAAGCCUGUUCUCUGCUGCUGCAGUAUUAUUAAAGCUAAUACUGUGCAAGGCGAUAGCACCUUCUCCAGAAGAGCCCAUUGCCUUGGCUCACUCUAAUGUCCUGCUCUGCCGGUCUGCUGUAACCCCCAGGCUGCCAUGAGCUGAGCAGGCAAGGGAGGCAGCAGGUGCCAAGAGAGCCCACUUCUUCCCAGCACCAAUGUGCUCUGAGCGGGAGAGGCCAGUCAGCAGCUCUGCUCAGAGUGGUGGCUUUGGCUGUAGUGCACAAAGCGAAAGACGAGACAGGAUCAAGGGAAGGAGGGAAAAUUGCCUCUUCCGAGUCCCAAGUGUGCCACUGCUCCUUCAGGAAACUGUCUCAACUCAGCCAGGAAGAGCAGAGAGGGUGCUGCCCCACUUGGCAGCUGGAAAAGGUCAGUUCCAGUUUGUGCAAACAUCACACCUCAAAGAAAAAGAAUGACACCUUCCUCCGUGCUGCCAUUGAAACGCUACAUAUGUUAAACCAUGCCAUUGCCACGUACCCCUAGUGAAACCAGUGUGGGUCAAACACCCCUCUAUUGUGUCCCUGCCACGCCCCCUAGUGAAACCAGCAUGGGGCAAACACACCUUGACAUAUGCCCACAGCAAAACUACUGUGAGUCAAACAUGCCCCUGACACCUUCCUGUCAUGUCCCCCAGUGAAACCAGCAUGGAUCAAACAUGCCUCUGACAUACUCCUGCUACACCCCCCAGUGCAACCAGCAUGAGUCAAAUGCCCCUGACAUGCCCCCACCCCAGUGAAACCAGCAAGAAUCAAAUAUGCCCCCACACCACAUCCUGUCGUGAAAUCAGCGUGGGUCAAACACAUCCCUGUCACACCCCCGUUAUGCCCCUGACAAUCCACAGUGAAACCAGCAGGUGACAAACACAGCUAUUUUUAUUUUUCUGCUUAGGCACACUUAGAAGGCAUUGCAUCAAUUGACCUUCCUCCGGUCAAAUAUAACUGUCAUUCAUUCAUCUUUCAGAUAGAUGGGCAAGUCUCUUAUGUUCAGAUGCUUUAGUUGUGGUGGGAGGGUGAAGAGAAAACAGGUUGGUUGGUUGUGGAGGCCACAUACAGCAGCUUAUCUGUCUGGCUGUACUAAUAAAAGACUGCUCACCAUGAUUGGUA